UGCAAGCCACUCGAAGUGGAGCAUUUCGUGCUACUAUGCUAUCCUGCGCAAACCGAAGAAUUCCGUUUUGAAAAACCUUGCGAUCGGGUGAAAGUCAAAUUUGUCCCUAGGAACCAUGAAUCCCAGAACUCAACGUAAAUCCGGAUUUAAUAUUGACGACAUUCUGGAGCAACAAGAACACAACGAGACGUGGCGGCAGUGUGAAGGCUCUCAGAAACCUGUAAUCCCUAGUGUUCCAAUUGAAAGUGGCUUCCAAGAGUAUACUGAUCCUGCGACUGUGCGACGCUGGUCCUACUUACACAUGCGACCGGAAAAUGUCAGCUAUGAUGCCCUGUAUAGUGCAAAUUUACCUUUAUACCAGCACAUGAUCGAGCUGCAAAAGACUUCGCAAAUCGUCCCUUUUCCAUUUGGAAUGGGGAAUCCUGCAACGUAUUUGGAACAGUAUGGAAGCGUCCUAGAUAAAGGCUUCCCAACAAUACCUGCUUUCUAUGCCCACUCAUAUCCCGCCUACUACAUUCCACCUGGUGGCUCAAAACGGAAAGGUGGCCAAAUACGUUUCACACCGCAGCAAACACGCAGCCUUGAAAGCAGAUUCGCUAGUGCCAAAUAUUUAUCGCCCGAGGACAGGCGACAUUUAGCAAUACAACUAAAAUUAAGCGACCGCCAAGUGAAAACGUGGUUCCAGAAUCGACGGGCGAAAUAUCGUCGAUCCAAUAGCAGCAUCUCAGGAUCAAAUCUCCAGGAAUCUUCAGCAGAAUCUGCAGGGGACAAAAAAGUGACUGGCGAAACACCAAUGAGUACAAUUCCUCGCAGAGAGUCUGAUCUAACGACAGAUGAUGAAUCCUCCAGUGAUGAAAGAUUUGAUAGCAAAGAUACCGAAAAGCACAGGAUAUCAUCGACAUCUAGCUAGGGCAUCUAGUAAGGAUUUUUGACUGUUCCUUAUAUGUAUUAAGUUAUUUAUUUGAAAUUUGUAAAUAAAGUUAUAAUUUUUGCAUUA